CCCCCGGGCCGCGCUAUGGGGCGGGGAGCCCCGAGGGCGCCCCACCCGCGCCCCACCCUGUCCCAGUUGCCAUAAAUGGGGCGGUUCUGCCCCACGGCCGCGGGGCCGGGCCGAGAUGUGGGGCAGGGCCAUGGGGGGGGCCCGGCUGCUGCUGCUGCUGCUGCUGCUGCCAGGCUGCCGGGCGCUGCGCUGCCUCAGCUGUGGGGAGGACGGUGCCGGCCGCUGUCGUGACGUCACCAACGGCACCCAUGACGUCACCGAUGACGUCACCGAUGACGUCACCGCCGUCUCCUGCCCCGGCGACGUCUGCGGCGAGGCCCAGGCGGCCGUGGCCUGGAGCCACGGCCAGUUCUCGCUGUCCUGGCGCGGCUGCGGCCGGGGUCAGCCGGGGUCACUGGCCAGGGCCCUGCAGCUGCCCGGCCUCGUGGCCUUCGUGCGGCGCCGCAACUGCCAGGGGGAGGCCUGCAAUGACCAACUGACCACUGCGGGACACGGGGCGCUGGCACUGACCGCCAACGCCACCGACCCCUCCCCCAACGGGCUGCGCUGUUAUGGCUGCCCCGAGGCCGGGCCCUGCCCCCCGACCGCCAUCGUCCACUGCUACGGCGACCUCCGCGCCUGUUUCCACGGCAACGUCACCCUGCGCGCAGGUAACGUCACCUUGUGGCGGGAAAUUCGCGGCUGCGUCCCCGACGGCGACUGCGGCCCCGAGCGGCGCGGCGACGACGCGGCCUCGCUCAGCGGCUCCUGCUGCCGCGGCGACCUCUGCAACGGCAAGAUGGCCGACCAAAGCCUGUUCGCGCCCGACCUGCCCCGCCUGGAGCUGCUGCCCCACGGCCACGCGCCCACGGCCGCGCCCGGCAACGCCACGGCGGAUGGUGGGGGGAGAAACGGCACCCGCGGCAAGAUGGCCGCCGCUGGUGGUGGUGGUGGUGGCAAUAUGGCCGCCGGUGACCACACAGCCGCCGGUGAUGCCAAAACAGCCGCGCCCAGGAAGGACACGGCCACCAGUGGGAAAAGGGCUGCCAGUGGCAAGAUGGCUGCUGGCGGCAAGAUGGUCACCAGGGAUAAGAUGGGUGACGGGGACAAGAUGGCUGACAGGGACAAGAUGGCUGACGGGGACAAGAUGGCGGACAGGAACAAGAUGGAUGACGGGGACAAGAUGGCUGACAGGGACAAGAUGGCUGACGGGGACAAGAUGGUGGACGGGGACAAGAUGGCCGCCGGUGGCAAGAUGGCUGACGGGGACAAGAUGGCGGAAAGGGACAAGAUGGCGGAAAGGGACAAAAUGGCUGCCGGAGACAAGAUGGCCACCGGUCACAUGGCCCCCAGGCGGCCAAUGGGGCACAACGAUGGGAUCAAGGGCCCGGUGGGGCGGGGCCAAUCGCUGGGCGGGCCCGGGUGGCUCCUCCCCUUCCUGCUGUGGCCCCUCCUCCGCUGAGGAGGGGGAUUGUUCUGCAAUAAAUGGGUGUGGUCAAA